CACAUUCUCAUAAUUCCCACUAUUCGAUGUUGCUUCCAACCUAACAAUUCACCUUUGACAAGAAAUCCCAAAGACUUGGAGACCCUGAGAACUCUAUCAGUGGAUCAAAAUAAUAAACCACAAAAUGCCUGUUGGAGGUUGCUUUUGCGGAAACAUCCGCAUCGAAUCCAGUGCCCAGCCUGUUACCAGUGCCCUCUGCCACUGCAUCGACUGCCGAAAACUGACCGGAACUCUGUUCACAUACAGCUUCGUCUUCAAAAGGGCCGAUAUCACCAUCAAGGGGAAGCCAAAAGAGAUCGCGAAAUCGUCUGAUAGCGGGAACAGAAUCAAGAAUUAUUUCUGUCCUGAUUGCGGAACGCCGGUCUAUGGAUUCAAGAUCAAGCCUUCUGGAGAAGAAGAUGAUAUUCUAAUUGUCCGGGCGGGGUUAUUUGAUGAUAUGGAGCUGUUGAAUGAGCAGAGGCCUGUGGCUGAGUUGUAUAUUAAGGGCAGAGUGGACUGGGUGUGCCCUCUGGAAGGGACGCAGCAGUUUGAGGGGAUGUUGCCGAUGCCGUUGUAAUGGCUAGAAUAGAUUUUCUUAUGGGAAUGGUAACAAAUAGGUCUCUACUAACGUGUUUAC